AUGGGAUCUUUCAUGUUGAUCAGAUGGGUUGCCUUGAGGGUUUGUUUCAUAGUUCUUGUGGUAGAGCUUCACUUGGCUUUGGGAUGGAGACAUCAUCAUGAUCCCUUAUUUGAUAUACUAACCGGCGGUGGUGGUGAUGAAGAUGAUGUGCAUCAUCCUUCAACUAAUCCAUUCAAUAUUGGCGGUGAAGUUGAAAAUGAUAUUCUUAAACCCUUGACCAAUUUACUCGCCGGCGGUGAAGCUGAUAGGAUUGCCUCGGAGGGCUUGUGCAAAGCUUCUAUCAUUCCACAUGGUUAUAAAUGCCAAGAGUUCCAUGUGACAGGAUUAAAUGGAUACAUAAUUGGGGUUCAAAGGAUUCCAGAGGGUUGUUCAAGUAGGGGUGUUGCAAAACAUAAGCCACCUGUUCUUGUACAGCAUGGUGUACUGUUGGAUGGGAUGUCAUGGACGGUGGGCUCUACUAAAGAAUCCUUGGUGUUUGCAUUAGCUGAUAGUGGGUUUGACGUAUGGGUCUCUAAUACAAGAGGGACUAGAUUUAGCAAGGGACAUGUCUCUCUUGAUGAAAGCCAACCGGAAUACUGGGAUUGGUCAUGGGACGAUGUCGCAGAGAAUGAUAUUCCUGCUUUAGUUGACUUCGUAUACCAUCAAACAGGCCAGAAGCCCCAUUAUAUUGGCCACUCCAUGGGAACUGCAACUGUAAUGGCGGCCUUAUCAGAAGGGAAGUUGACGGGCAAGUUGAGAUCAGCUUGCUUGCUUAGUCCCAUUGCUUACUUGAACCAUAUGACCACUGCUAUUGGCAUAUUCGCUGCCGAUGCCUUCGUAGGAGAGUUACUCGAAUUACUGGGUUUGAAGGGGUUCGACCUAGGCACAUUUCUACCUAUUGAAAAGUUUGUGCCUUAUGGGAAGUUUGCUGCUAUGCUACUCAACGGAAUGGCCAUGCGUUUGGGGAUUGAUUUUAAUGAUUUAAAGGCGAAACUUUUCACCCAAAAUUGCUGUCUCAACUCUACUGCAUUUGAGAUUUUGCUAGAUCAUGAGUUGCAGCCAACCUCAAUGAAAAAUAUGGUGCAUUUUGCUCAGACAUUCAGAAGUGGUAUAGUGAGAAAAUAUGACUACGGGAAUCCGGAAGCGAACAUGGAGCAUUAUGGGAAACCAGAGGCGCCGCGAUACCAUCUGAAGAAAAUACCAAGAAACCUACCGUUGUUCCUUAGCUUUGGAGGCAACGACGAGCUCGCCGACCUAGUAGACGUGAAGCGUUUACUGAGAGAACUCAAAAGCCAUGACAGAGACAAGAUUACAACUCAGUUCAUAGAAGAAUAUGCACAUCUGGAUUUUGUUUUCGCUACUAAUGUUAGGGAGAAGGUCUAUAAUACCUUGAUCGACUUCCUCGGACGUCAUAAUAACGAAGUUCAUCCACAUGAACCAGUAGUUCAUAAUCACAAUCACAAUCACUACCACCUAGGUGGAGGAGGAGGAGGAGGAGGAGGAAGCCAUAAUGUUCAUCUCCAUUCCUCUGGCCACCACGGAGGAGGAGGAAGCCCUAGUGUUCAUCUCCAUUCCUCUGGCCACCACGGAGGAGGAGGUGGAGGUGGAGGAAGCCCUAGUGUUCAUCUCCAUUCCUCUGGCCACCACGGAGGAGGAGGUGGAGGUGGAGGUGGAGGUGGAGGAAGCCAUAAUGUUCAUUUGCAUUCCUCUGGCUCCCACCACCAAAAAAUAGAGAUGUAACUAAGAUAAACUAGUUAUAGCUAUAGCUAGGCAGCUAAAAAUUAUUACUAGUUUCGAUCCAAAUUACCAGUUCACCACCUUAGUACUACUCCAUGUAUGUAUACAUAGAAGAGCAUUAGCCAGCCAUGGUGGGUCCGAGUUGUGAUGAGCUUCAUUUUGUAUUUUAUAAUUUUUUUUUGGAAUUUUUUCUUGUGAAGGGUUGAAUCUCUUUUUGAGAUACGUAGGAAGAGAAUAUAUGGCCUGUGUUGUAAUUAUCGUUGAUGAUGUUAUAAUAUAGUUAAGUCUUGCUUCUUCCUUCA